AUGAUGCCUGCAGAUCAGCAAGAACCUUCUCAAAAUCCUAACUCUGCCUAUUAUCUUAGAAACAAUGAUUUAAAUUCCACAAAAUUAGUGAGCAUUGAAUUCGAAGGAAAGUGUUUCAGUGACUGGAGAAGAUCAAUGAUGAUAGCAUUGUCAGCUAGAAACAAAUUGUGCUUUGUUGAUGGCAGUCUGAAUCAGCCAGCACCAAAUGCUGCAAAUUAUAGAAUAUGGAUUAGGUGUAAUGACCUAGUAAUCUCUUGGAUGCUAGCUUCUCUUGAACCAAAGAUUGCUAGAAGUGUUCUUUAUCUUAAGACUGCAAGAGAAAUUUGGCUCGAAUUGGAAGAUAGAUAUUGUAGGGAAUCUGGACCUCAACUGUUUUCAGUCCAACAACAAUUGAGUGAAUUGACUCAAGGAGAUGAUGAAGAAGUUGCCAGUUUCUUCACAAAGAUCAAGAUGCUAUGGGAUCAACUAGAUGGACUGGAUCCCUUACCUGUUUGUAUCUUCACUGGAUGUAGCUGCACACUUACACAACAACUACUUAAAACACAGCAGAAGCAAAGGCUAAUUCAGUUUCUAAUGAAGCUAAAUGACAAGAGGUUUGAUAACAAGCCUUACAAAUGUUCAUACAAUAAUAGUCCUACUUCUCAGUAUGCAGGAACUGGAAGUCAAUACAAAAAUUUCACUAGCAGAAACAAUCUCUACUGUGAACAUUGCAAGAUGAGAAACCACACAGUUGAUAAGUGUUGGAAACUACAUGGCUAUCCUAAAGAUUUUAAAGGAAAAGGAAAAAGAAUAGCAGCAACCGCUCAGUUAGAUGAGUACACUCCUAAAGAAACUAAGACAGAUGAAGGAUCAGGAGUGGUUCAUGCCACUUUUACUGAAGAUUAA